UGCCAAUCUGCUAACUCCCGGCCUGUGCUCCUAGAAUCCGGUAUUCCCUCAAACAGAAACUUGUUUGAAUUCACUCGCAUUUAUCUCACGGAAAUGUCCCGCGGAAACAAGGAUGCUGCAUCUGGCAUUCUCAACAAUUCUAUGAGAAGCAACUAUUCAGAAUAUGGCGUGGAUGAGUACUAUAAGAAGGUGGGUGCGACGUACCGCAACCCACACUUCCCAGGCGUUCGACAAUGUCUCUUCCAAUGGCUCAACAAGUGGUGGGAAUACGAACAUGAGAAACUCGGCGGAGAACUAUUCACCAUCUUUGAUAUGGCUUCUGGAAGGUGCUUGCUAUCAUUGUUCUUCUCUCUCCACACUCCUGAUGAAUUAUUGUGCAGUGGAGAGGUCACCGUCGCUUUUAUGGAGUGGUGGUUACUUGGGAAGGCCUCGACACCCAACACUGCGACCCAGCAACCUACGCACAUUGCAAUACAAAAAAGACCAGCCAUUUCUGCACCAAGUAUACCUUCGAACGUCACAACACCUCGAAUAUUAGCUGCUGAUCCCUAUACCGCAGAAGCGUACGAAGCGCGAACUAGAUUGCAAUGCGCGCCGCUAUCGUUUCAAGAUAUCGCAGAAGGUGCUCUUCCACAUGUAAAACCGAAAACUGUUGCGCCUACAUCGAACGAUAUAUCGCCGGAGCUGUCGUCAUUAGAGGCCGAUACGUUAGACGUGCCUGUGAUCGAAAUGGUCAUCUGCUCAUUCGCACUUCAUCUCAUCGAGAAUCCAUCUGAGUUGUUUUCUUUGCUCUGGGAGUUGAGCACCAAAUGCCGAUGGCUCGUUGUCUUGGCUCCCCACAAGAAGCCUGAAAUCAAACCAGGUUGGGGUUGGAUGAAAUGGGACGUAGAGACAUGGUCAGAAUGUCUUAUGACCCAAUCCACAGGGGAGUUCUUGAAAGACCGAGUUCACUGUCGAGUAUAUCGCAGUCUGAAGUAUCAGUAGGCGCAGAACUUUGAUGGGAGUGUCUUAUUCCCCUAAAGAUCCCAUUAUCCAUCUAUGAAUCAUCUCCGUGGUGCAGGUGGAUCUCAUUGUCCUUCCUCGCCUUGCGAUCGCGGCGGACGGCGCCCAUUCACACCAAUCUAGGGAUAGCGCGCACUCCACGUCUAGGCGAGCUCCUAGCGACCUGUUCAACCUACAAUAUUUAGUACAAGAUGUAGAAAAACGUCGCGGGCUUGCCGGUCCUCAGGGUCUUCAUCGAAUGGACAUCGAUUGUACAUUUCUCGCGUGCAGAGGAAGAGGCUACCGCUCUCGACGGUACUAGACAUACAGUCAGCCUGCCAGUCAUUCUCAACCCGAGUGAGUAUCUACGC